AGAAUAACAUACUACUAUAAAUAUUAGUAACAUAUUAUUUUAAAUACGUUUAAUUAAAUGUAUUAUUUUAUUUUAAUAAAUAGUAUAGUAUAUUUUUUGUCUGAUAUUGUUUAAUAAUCUGUUUUAAAAAUUUUAAGUUAUGCCAUAUGUAAAAAAAAUAUGUAUAUCUUUGGUAACAUAAUAAUUUGGUUAAAUUAUAUUUGCUUCAAAAGAUAUACAUCAAUAAAAUUUGGAGGGGGAAAGAAUAAAAAAGACAAAGGAAAAAUGAAAAUAAAAAAAAACAAAAGAAAAAUAAAAACCAGUGGUUGAGAUUGUUCAAAGGGUAAAACAAGUAAUAUUACAUAAAAUACACAAAAUACUCUAGCCUAAUUGUUGUUAUGGACAUACACUUUAUUUCUUUUUUGUUAUGUACAUGUGCCCUAAUUUCCCUUGUUUUUAAGUCAUGUUUUAGUUAUUAGUACAUUUUCCUGAAAGAACAUUAGACAAUGACUUUUCUGCCCUCGUCCUUAGCUGGAUCUAAUUCCACCACUCUCUCCAGCUGUGAACCCAAUUGUAUUCUGUCGAAACCCAGUCUGUUUAUUCGAGUAGAGAAGAAGAAGAAGAUGAUGAUAGCUGUGAUCGGAUUGCUUCUGGGUUUUCUACUUUCAGCAUUGUUCUCAAUCCAAGCCAAGCGAAGAAGAUCGAACGACCAUCUAGAGAAGAAGCGAUACGCCGAUAUCCUGUAGAUUUAACGCCUAAAAGCUACAGCAAGAGCGAAGUCGCAGAGCAUAACAAAAGAGACGAUUGUUGGAUCAUAAUCAAAGACAAAGUCUACGACGUUACUUCUUAUGUGGAAGAGCAUCCUGGUGGUGACGCCAUUCUAGAUCACGCUGGUGAUGAUUCUACUGAUGGGUUUUUUGGACCGCAAUCAAGGAUUUCUACAUCGGACAACUUCGCAAGUAAGAGAGGAAAAAAAACAAGAACAUAACUUGAGAUUUGUGUCGGGUUUCUUUGUCUGUUUGUCUUUAGUAGUUUCAUUGUAAUGCAAAGUUUCAUCCUUGCUUGUUGUGUUGGGUUUAAGCUGAGAGUGAGCUUCUGACCUAUGCUCUGUUUCAAUUGUUCUAAAUCUAUCAGUUCUCGUACGUUAGUUUAGAGUGAAAGAGACUGUUUAGAAAGCUUAUGUGAUGACUUAUCUGAGAGGAAACAAGUCUUUAGAAGUUCCAUUGUAAUGAAAAGACUCCUCUUUCCUGUUAAUUUUCAUGGUAAAUCUCGAGUUUUUAACUUCAGGGUUUAAGCUGAGAGUGAGCUUUUGAUCUAUGCUCAUGUUUAGAGUUGUAGAGACUGUUCAGGAAGCUUAUGUGAUGACACUAUCUGAGAGGAAACAAGUCUAAUAUCCCUAAAUCCAAAAUCAGAAGCAUGGAUAUCCCUUCACCAAACAAACUACCAACAUUCUGUAGCUAUAUCCAUGUAGCGGUCACGCUCCAGCUCACCAAUCUCUAUAGCAUCUCGGUGUCCAUGGAACUCUUCCACUAGUUGAGGGACUAUGGCGUCCUCAUCUAAAGCAGCUCCUCCUCCAUGGCUUCCCUUUCUCGUGAUGGAUAGCCUCCCCUAUAAUGAAGAUGGUCUACAUCAUCUCACCCCAACCUUGGGCUCAGCCUUAUUCACCGAUAUCACCCUAUCACCUAACUCCCUCCCGCGCAUGUGCUUAAUUGCAUCAUCAGCUCCUCGGUGAUAACUGCAUGUAAUAAACGCAAAACCACAUGGACGGCCAGUGUCUUCCCCCACCAUGAUCUACAAUUACACAAGAGCAAUAUUACAUGCACAUGCAUGUAGCUUUUCUGUGCUUGCAUCACUUUGAAUCAGAUGUUACAUAAGAGUUAAGAAACAAGCUGACAUAUUACAUUCCUAUCUCUUAUAUAGCAUGUUGAAGAAGUGGCAAAACAGAAAAAUUUCCAAGAAAAGAGAAGACAAUAAGACUUGGAACAUUCCUUACACGAUACUAAACCUGGACUAUGUACUUCUGAUGCAUACAAAGCUUCAUAAAGGCAUGGAAAUAUUAUUUUUAUAAGCUGGAUAUACACUUUCGACAUGUACCCCCUUCUUAUUUUUUUAAUAAAAAUAUGGUUUCUACACUUCUAUACGAUUCCGCUUCCGCUUCCACUUCCACUUAUCAGCUUCCGAAUCCAUAUAUCACAGUGACAAAUACACCCUUAGGAAUAUUGGGACUGCAGUUACCCUAACAAAACACUCUCUAGUCUCUCCGUUUCAUUUCAGUCCCCAACCUCUCAGCAAAAAAUGACAAAGAGACGAUUUGACAAGGUUGAGCAUUUUGAUAAAGACAGUGGAUCAGACUCAUCUUGCUUCUCUUCUGAUUCUGAUCCUGAGGAGGCAGAAGAAUCCGAAGAGGAAGUUUCUGAGGAAGGAGAUGAAUCCCCAGGUUUGCUUGCUUUCUUAUCUCUUUGUGUUACCCUCUACGAUGAGAAAUGUUUUCAUAAGUUAGCAAAGGUAAAUGACAACCUUGGCUUGAAUUACUCUUAUAGCUGAUGUUGAUGAUGAUGAACCACCGGAAGAGGAGGAAGAACACUAUAUUCUAGGCUGUAUGAUUAAAUGCCAACCGGGUUACGAAUGCAGAUACUGUCCUUUCAUCACUUGUCCGAAUGAGAGGACCAUGCGAGCACAUGUCUCAUCAAGGGUAAAGUUGUUUGCUUUUAUCAUUAUAUAUAUGCAUAGGAUUUGAAACGUGAGGUAUUAUAGUAUAUUAAACAUGAUGAUGUCGCUCUCACUUCAGAGGCACACUCGUUUGGAGACCACCAUCUCAGGUUUUCUUUUUUGACAUUCGAGUAAAAUGACUAAUGAGUUCUUAUGGUGAGUCUUAACCAAAAGUUCUUGCAAUAUCAUAAAAUGUAGGAGAAGCAGAUAAUAAUAGGGAAUAAAGGAAAGCUCGGAACUGAUGACAACAAAGUGAUGAUGAUCCAGAAAUGCCGUCUCAGGUUUGGUUAUCUGACAAUUCAAGAAAAUGCAAACAAGUGGUUUCUUUGACUUCUUCAGAUGAGUCCUAACCAAAUUCUUUAAAUGUUUUGUAUGGAACAUCCAGGAGGGAGUAAAGUCAUAUGAUUCACACCAGUUCAAGAACAUUGAAUCCAAUUUUACUCUCCGGAGUUUACAAUAACAGAGGACCAUGAAGGAAGUUUUGAUUGUACCUUCUCCAUUGUUGAAUACAUUGACUCUAAUCCUAUCUUCAGACAAAAUGUUGUUGUACAUUCUCCGUACAAAUCAUCCUGUCACAAAGGGUAAAACAACUAGGGUUUAUUGAUCUUAACAUACAAGAACGUAGCAAAACCGAUCUAGAGGAUAAAACAAAACAAAACAAAACAUAAUAAUAAUCUAUAGAUGAGUGCGUUACUUCUUUUUUUGGGCGGCAAAAGUGACUCGUUCCCGCUCAUCUGCGACCGUUUAAGCUUUUCUAGUCCUUAUUACAGUGUUAGUCUGAACCAAGACAAACUUUCCCAAAAAAAAGACAAACUUUCUCUCCCUCAGACACACAUUCUUCAAAGUUUCAAUGGCAACUGCGUACGAGCGCAAAAGACUAGAGAACAUUAGCUGGAACGACGCAAUGAUGGCUUCUCUCAACGUCCACGCCAAAGCUUCUCUUCUCUCCGCCUCAACCAAACGCUCCCGAGACCACUCUAAAUCACUCAAGAAGCAGCAGAAGAAGAAGGAAUCCGAAGCCCCCAUUGUAAAACGGCAGUCUCUACGCACCAGAGGCUUAACCCCAGAUUCCGAUGGCUUACCUCACGGUGUUUCAGUGUCUGAAGGUCUCCCUUUUCCCCAAUACGUAUCCCUUCGCGUGUUGGCUCCUCUGCCUUUAGAUGAUGGAGAUGUCUCCCAUUCUCAGUUCGUUGAUACUCUUUCCGGUAUUACCAGAAAGCCUAAUGAAGAAACUGCAACUGUUACUGAGAAUGAGGAUGAUGAUAGUUUUGAUCUUCGAUCCUUGUGUUUAGAACCACAUAAUGUGAAAUGCGUUGGGCCUGAGAGAUUUCUGGUUGUAAAGUUCUUACCUUGUGAGGGUGUUAAGCUGGUUGCUGCAGGGGACAAGGAAGGGAACGUUGGGUUUUAGAAUCUGGAUUGUCAGAACGAGGAAGAGGAUGGUGGUGUAUCUCUCUUCAAGCCUCACACUUAUUCAGUUACAUCUCUUGUAUUUCAACAAAACUCUUUCUCAAAGGUUAUUACCAGCAGCUACGAUGGUCUAAUCAGGUUGAUGGACGUUGAAAAAAUGGUUUUUGAUCUUGUUUAUUCGCGGGACGAGUACGAGCCUAUACACUCCCUCUUUCAGAGACCAAAUGAUGAGCAAAGCUUAUACUUUGGUGCCAGAGAAGGGAUGUUCAAUGUAUGGGAUCUCCGAGCAGGGAAGUCAGUUUUCAACUGGGAGUUACAUAAAUACAGGAUACACACUAUUGACCUCAACCCACAGAACCCGCAUCUCAUGGCUACAAGCUCUCAAGAUCGUACUGCUUGCCUUUGGGACUUAAGGACCAUGGGAGCCAAGAAACCAAAAGCACUGGCGACUGUAGAUCAUGCCAAGGCUGUGUACUCUGCUUACUUCUCACCUUCUGGUCUCUCACUUGCAACUACAAGGUAUCUUGUUUUGUUUCUCUCCUCAGCUUGUUUCAAUACAUCUCUGAGGGUUUUGUUUUUUCCUUGUAGCCGUGACAACUAUAUUGGUGUUCUAAAUGGGGCUAACUUUGAGGAUACUUCCAUGAUAUAUCACUGUAAUAACACUAUUCGUAAGAUCUCCAGUUUCAGGUAUGCUUCAGCAUCUUGGAGUACUGAUAAUAAGUUAUUUUUGGAUCUCUUCAGCAUCUUGUAUUAACUUUUAUUUGCCUUUGUUGCAGGGGGUAUGGGGUUGGGAUGAUUCAAAUAUCUUUGUCGGCAAUGUGGCGAAAGGAAUUGGCGUCAGUCAGACAAAAGGAAUUGAUGUGAUCUCUACAAAACUAAAGCGAACAGUGAAGAAGCUGCAGAGCCCUCUUGUGAAAGAUGUUAUAAGCAGACUCCAUUGCCAUCCUCUUAAUGUUGGGAUGCUUGCUGGUUCCACAGCUGGAGGACAUGUCUAUGUUUGGACCACUAAGUAGCAUAUACUUGAACCAUUCUCAAAUCACAUUUUUGUAAUCAGCAUGAGGGUUUGUUUUGUUUUGUAUUGGAGCAUGUCUUGAAGGUUUCUUUGUGUUCUACAACAAUCUUUUUUCAUUGUCUUUUGGAAAAAUCGCAAGUGUCUCUUUCAUCUCAACUAGCUCUUCGUGAGACUUGGUCACAUCUCGCUCUUCUUUUUUCUUCUCAAACUUUCUGUUCAUCUCCUUGACUCCAGCUGGGAUUGACUCCAAGAAGUUAGCAGUUACUAGCUUACUGCCAUAAACCAUGUUGUUAACUGAACUGGUGUUUAAGAAAAUGUUUAAGAUGUCUCCAGCUGCAAUUUGUAAAACAGAGAAGCACACUGAAACGACAAAAAAAAGUAAAGAGAUAAUUGAGUUAACAAACAUUUACUGAGAUUCAAGUAGGGGUUAUACACCAAAAACUUCAAACCACUGCAUAAAAGUUGCAAAAACAUAAGUAAUAUACGUAAACAGAAGAAAGCCACCGAUACAGUUUAGAAAUUUUGAAACCACAGAGGGCAAAAGAUAUUCUUAUUUCUCUUGUUCUUCUAAUAACGCAAAAA